CGCCGACCAGCCCACAACCCAACCAGACCUGAACGCGCGCACACACAAUUAUUAUGAGAUAAACCAUAUACAGACGAUAUCAGCAAGAUUAUUUGGAUUAUAAAUGCCAUUGACAGAAACUGUUUGGAAUUAAAUUAUUGGCAGGUCCAGUUCAGAUAAUAAACACAAAAUGAGAGGUGAAGAAGCAUCUAGCACUGUCCUGCACAGACUGAUCCAAGAGCAGCUUCGUUAUGGAAAUCCCACAGAUGCCCACACACUCCUAGCCAUCCAACAGCAGGCCCUGCGACGAGGAGGAGGCAUUGGAGGAGCUAGUUCUCCACAGUCUUCAUCUGAGAGCCUUGGCCAGGAGGAGCCCCAUUCUCCUCAGCUCUCUGCCCGCCAAGAGCCCCAGGGCCAGGAGCACCGGGUGGACUACCAGCAAUCUGAGAACUACACAACAUACCCCCACCAUGGCGAGGAGCUGCCCACCUACGAACAAGCCAAGGCACAGUCCCAGUAUUUGGCUUCCCACUGCCAACCACAAAGGGGCUGCUCACUCCAGGACAAUGUAACCCAUCAGAAGCCCUGUGAGGAAGAGGAUAGCUGGGAUACAAAGCAGGGCCAUGCAUUUUCACUCAGUGAGCGGCUUCUGCAGCUCACUUUAGAGCGGAACACUAGCAAAUCUUCUGCCUUUGGCUCCUUCUAUAGUUACCCUCAGAUAUAUCAUGCAAACCAGUACUUUGAACAUAGCCAGCAAGGCUUGGAGAUCUAUAAGCAGGGUCCUCAAACUGAGUACCCAUUUGCUGUACAGCCACAAGGAUUCAUGCUAAGACAAGAUCUGGAGUAUGAUCAAUGUUACAGACCUCCGCCACCAUUCCAUUCCCAGCACAACAGAAUUGUGCCGUCUACGCAGACACCAGAGAUCUUUCAUAUAUUCUCCAAAUCACCCCCUGCUGGCAGGGAGGACUUAGCUUGCAGCCGCAGUCAACUGGAGAUGCUCAUAAAAGAGAAUAAGAGACUGAGACAAGAGCUGGAGGGACACUCUGAGAAAGCCCUAAAAAUUCAGAAGCUGGAACAAGAGAUCCAGAGGAUUUCAGAGGCCUAUGACACUCUGAUGCAGGGCUGUGCUAAACGAGAAACCCUGGAGCAAGCACUGAGAAACAAGCUGAUGGGUGAGAUCAAGAGGCUGCAACAUUCAAACAUUCAAGCGGCAAAGGAAGUUGAAGAUGCUGACCAGAAACAACACGUUAUUGUCAAACUUCUUCUGCAUAAUGAAGAGCAGCAGCUGCAGUGUGCGCGUCUGGAGCAGGAGGUGCAGCAUCUGCAAAAUGAAGCAGAGAAGCAGCAGCGCAGGAGUGAGGCCCUGGAGACCACGCUGAAGUCCACACAGACACACAGCCAGCAGCUGAGGAUCGAGCUGCAGCGGAAGAGCGCAUAUGUGGAGAAGGUUGAGCGUCUACAGGGGGCUUUGGCUCAACUGCAAGCAGCUUGUGAGAAGAGAGAAGGGCUGGAAAUUCGCCUGCGGACACGGCUUGAACAGGAACUGCGCAGUCUACGAAAUCAGCAGAGACAACAUAAACCAGUCAGUGGAGUGUCCCAUAUGAGUGUGUCCACUCUACAGGAGCUUCUGCAUGAGAAAGAAGAGUGUAUCCUGUCCCUGGAGGCUGACAAGACACGCUGGGAGCAGAAAUACUUGGAGGAGAAGACCAUGAGGGAGUUUGCGUUGGAUGCUGCUGCCACCGCUGCAGCUCAAAGAGACACCACCAUUAUCAACCAUUCGCCCUGCCAUUCCUCCAACACCAGUUUUAUUGAGGAGCUUCCAUCAUCUGAGCACAGGAACCAGGAGGUAGAGAACAGGAUUCGUGCUCUGUACACCCAGAUCCUGGAGAAGGACACGGUUAUUGACAUCCUAAAGAAGAGGCUGCAACAGGAGCAAGGGAAUGGAGGGUUAGGAUGCCUCCGCCCAGCCACUUCUGUGCCCUCCAUCAGCACCUUAUAUCCCACUGAGACAUGCAUUGGCCAGGGCAAAGGGAAGAGUCAUUCAGAUGAACAGACAGCUUGUACGUCAUGUUCCAAACUCACUCUGGUAGCAGCCCAGGGACAGUUUGAGCCAGAGUCCAACUCCAAUAACGUGCAGCAACCAUCUCCACCUAUGGAUCACUUCAAGGGUUUGGAUGAUAUGGAGGCUGAAGCAGUGGAGAUCUUCAUAUGAUGAAGAGCAAGCACAUGCCAGAUGAACUGCCCUGCAAAAUACAUGCAUUUUUCCUGUAUGAGAGAUCUCAGAGAGAUUCAGACUAAAUUAUGUUGAAUCCAGCAAAUAACUGAGCUGCUCAGAAAUCUCAUAUGAAUGAGGGAGCAGAGCUCUCCUCACACAAUAAACUGAAUGGACGUUUUGUGCAGUCUGAAUGGAAAGUUUGUCAAUGUUCAAGAAACCAGCAGGGCACAAACUCCCAAAUUAUCAACAUUUUGAGUGUUUUGGGGGCUACAGAAUACUGGCUAUCCUCCUGGGUAACUUUCUAUAGCUUACCUCUUUACUCUGAAAAUAAUUCACCAAUGCAUUCUCCCUUCUCUCACCAGACCUGUGGUAACUUCACCGCAUUCUUGUUCCAUUGACAUUCUCAUUGAGGCUGAGACUCUCGCAUGUACUUUUUCCACCCCACCCUUAUUUAUUGUUAUAAAUGGGAACAUUUUUCUCAUGUUUUUCUAUUUAUGACUGCAACGCCCGCGUAGACAUUCUUUUACAUUCUACACAGCAGGAGAGGCCUCGUUGCAUUUAUAUGAAUGAAAUGCUAAAUACUGCCACAUCAAUGCACAAUACAAAACAAAUUACAUAGAAGACUAAAAGAACUCUGUCAGAGAGAGAGAGAGAGUUUUUUUGUACUAUAUUAUAUACUAUUGCUUUCCUGUAUUUUGUUUUUGAAUGUGUAUGCUCUCAAAUAGCACCUUUGCAGGCCAAGGUGUCAGAGAUAGCAUUGUAUUGUGCUAUGAACAGCUGCAUUCUGUUGUUUACAGUUACUAUGUUUCAAAGUAAAUUGUUAAUAUAUUUUGUAACAUAUUUUGUGUUGUUGGAAUUUAAUGCUGAGGAUCUGAUGCCAAAAAGCAUUUCAGUAGAGUUGUGUGUUCCAAACACAUGACCAAGGGUUGAGCUCUCCUAUUUAAUCCACGAAAGAUGUGAAUGUUCUGAAACAUUUCAUGAAUUCACAAUAAAACUAUUAAUAUAUAGAAAAAAUGUUUUGUUUGUCAAGACUCUGGGAACUUUUUGUCAGGUUAGAGAGUAACACUUACUGGAUUUCAUCCCAUUUCACACAUUCUCCAUUGUGUUAUUCUAGCUCCUCUCUCACACAUAAGAGUCAGAGAAAGGUGAGUAAUUAUUUAAUGCCAGUGAGGAGCAUUCCAGCUCACAUGUUUCAGCAUAAAAAACCUCACACUUGACAUGAGGCUCACCUUUAACAGUAUUUUCGACUGAGCUAUCCUGAGGCAUUCAGAGACUAAUAGUUUGCUUUUGACAGAUAGAACAAUGCCUAAAUCGCUUAGAGCUUUCAUAAUAAACACAUGUAGACUGACUCUGAAUUGAUGUGAUUCACUAUGUUUCCAAAUAUGGGAGAAAGUAAUCUGUAUUAGUUGUGCUUUUGCAUUUUUAAACCAUCUGAUCUUUGUGACAGUCAUCAUUGGUAUCUCAGACUCGUAUGAAAAAGUUGUUUGUGGGUGGACCAACUAUCAGUCAGUUUUUCACAUAGUAGCAAGGUAUGCUAAAACUCAACUGUGUGAAGGCAGCUCAUU